CUCGUUGUUGUUGUGGUUGUUGUUGUUAUUGUUGUUGAUUUUGUUGGAAUUGAGAGGAUAAAAAUCAGGGCUUUCUUGGUUUCUGGUUUUUGGGUUUGAAUUGAGUUUUUGGUGGUUUUUGGUAGAGAUGAAAUCGUCUCUGAAGAAGUUGAGGGGAUUUGGGCUUCAUAAGAGUGAUCCCAAGGAGAAGAAAGGACACCAGCAACCUGCCAAGCUUGAUGAGCUCGUUCAAGCCUCACUGGAUAUGCAAGACAUGAGGAAUUGUUAUGAUGGCUUGCUUUCAGCAGCAGCGGCAACUGCAAAUAGUGCUUAUGAGUUCUCAGAAGCCCUGCAGGAGAUGGGUAGUUGUUUGCUUGAGAAAACUUCAUUGAAUGAUGAUGAAGAAAGUGGUAGAGUUUUAUUGAUGCUGGGCAAAGUACAAUUUGAACUUCAGAAGCUUGUGGAUAUCUAUCGUGCUCAUGUCAUCCAGACUAUUACAAUUCCUUCAGAGUCUCUUCUUAAGGAGCUUCAAGUAGUGGAGGAGAUGAAACGCCAGUGUGAUGAUAAGAAAGAAACAUAUAAAUCCAUGUUUGCGGCAUAUAGGGAAAAAGGAAGGCCAAAAUCUGGAAAAGGUGAAACUGUCUCAUCACAGCAGUUGCUAGCUGCCAAAGAGGACUAUGACGAGGAAGCGACGCUCUUUAUAUUUAGGUUGAAAUCAUUGAAACAAGGGCAGUCCAGAAGUCUUCUGACACAGGCUGCUCGGCACCAUGCUGCACAGGUUGUUUUUUAUUCGAGAGCACUCAAGUCCCUUGAGGUUGUCGAGCCACAUGUUAAAGUGGUUUCUGAACGACAGCAUAUUGAUUAUCAAUUUAGCGGACUUGAAGAUAAUGACACAGAGGAUUAUGAUGAUGAUGAUUAUGGGUAUGAUGACAGUGAUGAGGAGGAGUUGAGUUUGGAUUAUGGUCAAAAUGAACAUGUUAAAGAUAAUCUCCCAAGAUCAAACAAUUCAAUGGAGUUAGAUCACAUUGAUCCCACAGUCUCAUCUACAGCAAUUAUUGAACGUGUAUCACAGGACACCCUGGACAGAAGCCAAGCUGAUUUUAUUUCCGGUGGGGGAUCUAGAUUGGUCAGCCAAUCUGCUCCAAUUUUUCCAGAUAAGAAAUUUGAUUCAUCAGAGAAGUUGAAAGAAAUGCGACCCUCUUCGACAAGGAAGUUUCACACCUAUGUUCUGCCUACACCGGGUGACACUCAGCUUGCUGCCUUUACAGGGUCUAAUAACCCAGUUUCUAAAGCUCAGGCAUCAUUAUGGCAUUCCUCUCCACUAGAACCAAAUAAGUUUGGUAAUGGCAUCAAACCGCCGUCCAUACUGAAGGAAAGCAACUUGAAUAGCGGUCCCAUCAAGUUGCCCCCACCUUUGUCUGGGGAGUUGUCAAUCCCACAAUAUAAUCUUCGGACUGCUUCUGCUACCAAAAAAAUCAAAAGACAAGCUUUCUCUGGUCCGAUUACAAGCAAAGGAUGGUCAAACAAACCUAUUUUCUCUGGCUACAAUUCCAUGUCAUCAGUAGAAUAUCCUGGCAUCAAUUCUUCCCGACAAAACCGUAGCCCACGCAUCAGACUUCUGUGUCUGCGAAAAUGUCGCCGAAAUACCUCACCUCCUCCCCAUGUAUCAUCCCCCAGGAUCAGCGAACUUCAUGAGCUUCCAAGACCUCCAGUUGAUGUAGUUAGAAGAAACUCAAGACCUUCCAAUUUCAUCACCUACUCAGCCCCUUUGGGGCCUAGAGGUCAAGAACAUCAGGCAAUGACCAAAAUGCUCCCAGCUGCAUCACAAACACCAACACCGUUACCAGCACCGCCUGUUUCCAUGUCGCGCAGUUUCUCCAUACCUACGAGUAUUCAAAGAAAUCCAGCUGCAUCAGCUACAAAGUUGGAGAUUUCAAAUGGGUUGGAUGAAAUUGCUUCACCUCCUCUAACACCUAUUUCACUUCCCAACAUUCUGCCAAUGUCAACGACUUCAGAAUCAGCAAUUCAGUCUAAAAAAACAUAAGGAUCACAUAACUCAACUUGGUGAACUUUUCCUCAUCUGGAUUCAUGUAAAUAACAAUUUGUACAUUCCCAGGUCUGAUCUAGUAAUUGUGGUUAUCCUUAAUGUUCGGCAGAAAGAUCUGCGCACCAAAUAAAACCUCUUUGCUUGCUUGUAUUUUUUGGAGUUCAUCAAUGAAAAAUUUUGUAUUUUUUUCCUCUAUGGUAAGAUUUCUCUGCUUCACAUUUUAAGGUUAGCAGAGUGAAGAGGAAAGAUCACACAAAGACAAAGGUAAGGUGUGACCACCUUGUUGCAAACAAGACAAGGUGCCGACUGGGCCGACAUGUGUUGCAUUCUGGUUGGCUAAGAAAAGCAGUGGUUGAUACUGCAAGAUGGAUAGGAAUGGCUGCUAUUUUUGUUUGUUGUUGCAUUGAUCUUACUUAGAAGAAGAAGACGAAGAAGAAGAAGAAGCAAAAAGAAAGUGAAGAAGAAGAAGAAGAGAAAGGUGAGAAUGGGCAAGAUAUGUUGCUCAAAUGGAGAUGAUGACUCACCUCUGCUUGGCAUUGUGUUGGCUCUUGUGCUUGUAAUGUUGCUGCUUCUCUUGUGCCAGCCUCAACCAAGAAGAAGGUACACUGUUUACCAUUGUUCAUGAACGCAUUGGUUCACCUCCUUCACUGUAUCCCUUUCUGUUGUUAUUGUUGUUAUUGUUGCCGUUGCUGCUGCUGUUGCUGUUGCUGUUGUUGUUGUUGUUGUAUGUGUGCAUUAAACUAAAUGACUCUCUCUUUUUAUAUAUAUAUAUAUAUAUAGAGAGAGAGAGAGAGAAAACAUUCUCUAUAGAUGUCCAUAGAUAAAAAAUCUAUGGACGUCCAAUUAUCAGCGCAGCGGGUGGAUCGCGAUCCAACAAUUAACAUUGAUGAACAGUAAUACUGUGUGCUUUGUGUACUGUACUAGUUUUAAAUGAUAAUCACUUUGUUUGUUAUUGUAUUAA